AUGAUCAACACCUCACGUGAAAAAUGGCAAAAAAAAGUCCAAACAGUAUCAACGGCGUAUCCUGUUUUGGACACUGAUGACGAAUCCAGAGAGUUCACUGAGUGUUCUUGCGGCCAGACAGUAAUCAUGUGCAACGAUCUUGGACUAUCAGCCAUGCCACUGACGACAAUUAAACAGAACAUGUACUAUACAUCUCUACAACUUGAUAGUAAUAAUAUCACCACAAUAACCGGAGGAAGCCUUCCAGCCAACCUAACCGAUAUUUCUUUCGUAGUAAACCCGAUAACCACAAUAGAAGACGACGCCUUUGACGGAUCAGAAAACACCUUAACUUCCCUCACCUUUUCCCAGGCGCAUUUUAUCAAACUGCCGGACGCCUUUCUUCAUUUAAACGUUCUCAACUUCUUGGAGAUCACUGAAAGCAUCGUUGAGGAUUGGAAUGACAAGGCCAUGAAACACAUAGGAUCGUUUUUAGGGACAUUAUCCAUUGAAAACGUGCCCGUAAAAACAUGGCCUACUUGGUUACAGUAUUUCACAAACUUAACGGAUCUCGGGAUUGGUGGAGCAUCUAUCAAAGAUAUUCCUGACAAUGGUUUAGAUAGCAUGAUCAAUACUUUAACGGACCUAACUCUAAAUAAUAACAGCUUAACCAUAGUACCUUUUGCAAUUUCUAAGCUCACCGCUCUCCAGCUAUUAGCUUUAGAUAAAAAUAAGAUCGCUAACGCCACAUAUUUACCCCAGAAGAGUAAACUCAGAUCAUUGUCCUUAAACGGAAACAAACUGCACGAUUCUAAAGAGUUAAGCAAUGUCCUCAAGCCCUAUGGAAGCACACUGGUUGAUUUUGAAAUAUCAAGUAACCAACUGACCUCAUUCCCCGAUUUGAACAUCCUGACGCUGAUUUCUGAUAUUGAUUUCCGACAUAACCGAUUAUCUGACCCCAACUCAGGAUCUCUGCCUCCAGGAUUAGACCAGGUGAAGUUAGGAAGCAAUAAUUUGCCGCGACUUCCUAGAUUCCUGUGCACGAUGAAUUCUGUCUCGCAGCUCUUUGCUGGAUCAAACUCCAUCACCGAACUGGAAGCUGUGGGUUUUCCCCCAAGCACCCACGGGGUGGAGCUGGAAAACAAUAAAUUAACGGAAAUUACCAACACCAGUUUCCCGGUGAACGCAUCCAUAACGUACAUACUUUUGAAUAACAACCCUCUUGUGAGAAUUACAGAUGAUGCUUUUAAGAAUCUACCGCAUCUGCUUGAGCUACAGGUUCGAAAUACGAAGCUAACCCGUCUGCCCCUGGCAUUAAUCUACCUGCCUAAGUUAGACGAGUUUGACAUCUCAGACACCACCUCGUUGGUGUGCACAUGUCUAGAGCACAGCCUAAUGCAGUGGAUCCUGAAGAUCACGUCGACUAUGGUGAAAGGCACCUGUGGGAAGACAAGUGUGGAAUACUUCUAUACUGUUCUGAGUCAGGGCUGUCCAGGAACGAGAGGCGUUAUUGAGGAAGGACCUGCCAUUUGA